GGUUGGUGAAUCUCCUUGUUCUUGUUGUUGCGCGGCAUGGCCACCUUGGCCACCCUUGCAGCGCAACGCUGGCGGCUGCUGAUUUGCGGGCUUCGCCAUGGGCGCUCCGUGGAGGCUUUGCAGCAGGUUUUGGAGGACUUUCAGCCCGCUGCGAUCUUCCUGGAAUUGGACCGGGAAAAUUUCUAUCACUUGCGCUGCAGGAGAGAUCAUUUCACAGAUGCUGCGCCAGAAGUCGCGGAAGCGAUCAGAUGGGCUGAGCAGCGGCAGCGCCCGCUGACGCCCUUGGAUCGACCCCAGUUGUGUACCCGGCGGCGCUUGGCUCAGCGGAUGGCCCUGGGAAACCCCAUGCAGCUCUAUGCUGUGAGGAGAUAUUGGGGCGAGAUGCCCCAAGAGGAUGCAACGUCAUGGAGGGCAAAACUGCAAAGAGAUUGCCCAAUCCUACAUGAAGUCAUGUUAGAAGAACGGGAUGAGUUCAUGACUUACCGGAUUUUGCUGGCACUGGAGCGGCGCUUAGCUCAGCGAAGUGUGAAAGGUCAGAGUUUGAAUUCGGGCGCCCUGGGAUUGCCAGCGCUACUGGAGCAGCGAGCUGUGCUGGAGAAGCAGCGUCUGAAUGAGGCCAUGAGGGCCAACCAGAGCAGAUCAACCAUUGGAUCCCACGACUGGGAGAAUGUGCUGGUCCUGUGUGGCCCAGCACAUGUGAAGGAGCUCCAGCGGCGUUUGCAGUUUGCUCUUUCGGAUCCCCAUUUUUCCCCGCGCUUCUUGGCCAUGAAUGCUACACUGCUGCCACAUUUGUGGCGGAACCAAUCUCACCAACCCCCAGCGCAAAUCGGUGAUCUGGGGGACGGCGGCAGAUGGGACGUGGAACUGGCGGCAAAGACGCAAGAGCUCUUGGAAGAGGUGGAGACCAAGGUGGCUCCGGUGGCCACAGCAGGGUUUGGGCCCUUGACCAUGCUGGCGGAUCAGGUGUGGAGACUGCUGCCUCAAGUUGACGGUGAAGAGAGGCCUGUUCAGUAUGAGCCUCCAAGUGUGGAAUUCAUCCAUGAACGAUUGCGGGAACUCUCGAAAAAGCCACUGCCAAUUUGGCCAAUUGUUUUGCUGGUGUACAUUACAUGUCCACUGCUGGUUUUUGUGGUCAUUCCAGCUGCCAUUGAUUUAUACUGGCUGCGCAUUGGUCCACAAGUGCCAUUGUCACUCUUGAUUGACUCGCAAGAAAAAGACGUGAGGGAAAAAGAUCCUCCCUGGAAUUCUUCUUGUGAGGCUACCUUGAGAAAGCUGACUGACAAGCUUCCACAUUCUGAUUGCAAUGAACAUGCCUCUAUGUUCCAUGGGAUUAGAAAAUGUAAAACAAUGUAA